AAUGCUCCAGCCUCAGGAAAGUCACGUCCAUUGAUUCACUUAACAGCUCACUCACUCUGUAGUUGCCAUUCUUUAUUUGUCUUGCACUAUGUUUUAUCUCUCUGGACUACUUUUGCUGUUGCUGGAUUCAUCUAUGAUCUGUGGUCAAAUGACACAAGAUGACAGAACAGCUUCUGGAGAUAAGAGUCCCAGAGUCCAAACUGAAAACACACAGAAAGAACUAAAUGUAUCUUUAAGCAAGGAGACACACAACGUCACGUAUGAGGACAACGAGGAUUUUCAGAAUACAGACUCUUACUACAGUCGCUGUAAUGAGGAGGUGUUGAAGUUUUAUACAGAGGAAGAGUGCUGUGCGACUUUCAAUUACAACAUGAGUGCACUUGGAAAAGAGAACUGGUGUAAUAUGGAGAUGGUGUUAAGAAGCUACAACAAGUUAACUGAGUGUUUGGAGUUUGUAUCCAGUGUUUUCGGAUGCUACUACCCUAAUCGUGUGGUGGAGCAGCUGUUCGUCAGGAUACAUCAGCAGUACUUCAGCUUUUGUAGCAAUGGAGGGGAUUUGUCUGACGCGCCGGCUGGAGUCGUGCUCGUAGCCACACUGCUGCCCAUCCUCCUUAUACCCCUCAUAGUGUACAUUGUGGUCUGGAAGAGUAGUUUAAGGGACUGACUUU